AUGGAACUGCUGAAAAUCCUGCCCUGGCAUCGUGCUGUCUUGGCAGUUGUCCUGAAUCUGCUGGCUCUCAGCCUUUCUACCACAGCCUUGCUUGGCAGCUACUGGUGUGUUGGGACUCAGAAGGUGCCCAAGCCUUUGUGUGGCAAGGGCAAAGCCACCGAAUGCAUCGGUGUCCACAUGUCCGGUGACGGAGGUGCUAGCAAUUCUUCAUCCCAGGAUGUAGUGCACUACAGCUGGGAGACCGGGGACGACCGCUUUGCCUUCCGAUACUUCCACACUGGCAUGUGGCUUUCCUGUGAGGAGAACAUGGAAGGGCCAGAUGAGAAAUGUCGUAGCUUCAUUGAGCUUUCACCCCCCGCAGAGAGAGGAAUCCUGUGGCUGUCAUUGGGUUCAGAGAUGGUCUACAUCAGCUUACUGCUCAUUAGUUUCAUCCUGCUGCUGAUAGAAAUGCUGUACACUGGGAAUCCAGUCUGCGGGCUGAAGCUCAAUGCCUUUGCUGCGGUCUCCUCUGUGCUGUCUGGCCUGCUGGGGAUGGUGGCUCACAUGAUGUACUCACAAGUCUUCCAAGCAACUGUCAAUCUGGGGCCAGAGGACUGGAGACCGCACUCAUGGGACUAUGGCUGGGCUUUCUACAUGGCCUGGGCCUCCUUCACCUGCUGCAUGGCCUCUGCUGUUACCACUCUCAACACUUACACCAAGACUGUGCUGGAGUUCAAGCGUAACCACAUCAAAGGCUACGAUGGGAGCUUCAAGGACCGGUCACAGCACCACCAGUGCUUCAUGCAGCAGCAGCACCACAGGGAGCAGAUGAGCAGCUACUACCAGCCGCGAGACAAGCCCCUCCACUCCAUCUCAGAGGGGGUCGACUUUUAUUCCGAGCUGCAGCAGAAGGUGCUUCAGCAGGAACCUGAACUAGACGAGGUCUUGGGACAGUCCAUCGGGGAAGAUCACUGUUAGGGAGGGGGGAGCAGGCUGUUUGGGAAGCGGUAGAGAGAUUGAGGUCUGAACCAAAUACUAGUAUCAUUAACAAGUUCCCUAGGGUUCUGGUUCCUUUCUUUAACACUUCUGGGGGGCUGGGAGGAGGGGAAGGCAUGUGGUCACCGCUAUUGAUGUCUCUGGGGAGCACUGCAAGGACACUCACAGUGACAUUGUGGCUUGUGCUACUAGAGCUGGUCUGCUCUGUUGAGGGCAAUGGUACCAUGUCAGUCGGGAAUGGUAAAUGCACAGGCCAUUUCCACUGGAAACUGUUAUGCCACCCACGCUGCCAUAGGGGUGCUAUGGGAGCCAUUCCAAUGCCAACAGUACCACAAAAAUCGAAAGGGUACAGCCAAGGGGACAGUACCAGCUGUCAGCAAUUAUAAGGGUGAGAGUCUGGAACUUUCCUUUUGAUCACAGCAUUUUGACCUCCAUGUUAAUAAACCCCUGAGGCUUUGGGCUAUGUAUGCCCAGCUCUAUUUGCCACACAACUUAAAAUGGGUCCCAUUUUUCAAAACACCCAGUAGGCUGGAGAAUGUCACGUCUGGCCCUUUUGGAUUUUACAGUGAAACUCCUUUUGAGUUAAACUGGCUCCAGACCCUCCCCCAGAACAGCCAGAGAAAUCGCUUCAAACUAGGAGUGUCCCACUAGAACAGGGAUAGAAAGAGGGUCUCAUUCCACACUUGCCUUCCAGUCACCUCUUCCCUCCUCCACCCAUCAAUCCCCCUUUUAAAGCAUCCUCACCUGUGGUAUCUAUCACCUCCAGCCAAGUCCUGUCUGCUCCCGUCCCCUCUGAGGCGCCCUUCUACACACUGUGCACCCAACCCCCUUCUCUUUGGGGCUCCCGUCUAUCCUCCUUGCUCCAUUCUUUCCCUCUUCAAGACCCCUAUUCAUUUCGUUCCCACACAAUCCCCUCAGAGGUGCAGUGGUGAGGUCCUGCUCGCUCUUCACUCCCCAAAUGCCCUUGAGGGAGCCCCUCCCUUAACAAAAAGCAGUCUCCCUUCCAGGCUAAGGAAAACAAUGGUCACACACAAAGGGGAUGUUG